UAGUUCAAUAAAUUGUGCAAGUACGGAGGAACUUUGUUCUAUUUUCCUGUUUUCUCUUCAAAUAUGUGAUGAUUUGUCAGCCAGUAGCAGUUAAACAGCAGAUGUGUUAAGCAUAUAAAAAAAAUUAUAUAGUCAUGUCCUUCUAAUUCCUCCGAGUUCCCAACGAACAGCAAUAUUUCAUGUUUUCGUACAACAACAUCACAUCUCUUCAUCCAGAUAUCCUUGAAAAACAUGUCCCAAGCAGUCUGAUCAACACCCAUCAAGCUGACAGCCGACAUAAUAACUUUGCAUUAUUUAGGUCACGUUGUCCUAGCAGGUCGAGGGGUCAAGAUUGCGUCUGCUGUGGUUUCGCAGCUGCGAGAGGCCUCUCCACUUUUCCCAAGACCCCCCGCUGUUGCCGACCUGCCUGGGGACACCAUGCAACUCUCCUGAGUCCGCUCCCUUGGCAGUGAGCACCCGUGGGAGGCAGGGCGAGAGAUAACGUACCGCUUGAAGAUCCCCACAUUACCUCACCAGAUAAAGGAGAGGGAGGGGAUGGAGCAUUAGGCCUUUUGGUGGAGGAGAGGGCUGAACCCCUUCAACCAUCUAGAAAGAUCCGCUCAAAUGCUGUCAUUUAGACACUGGUUCGGUGGUCUCGCCGGUGGUUCUCAUGGCAGAGCGAGCGCUGGAAGAGGAUGUGGCACAGGAGAGGAGGGAGAUGGGAGGAAAGGGUGUCCGGACGCAGAGAUGGACACAACCAUGCGUGAAACAAGCAAUACAUCGAGAGCCAAAGAAGUGGGUAAGGUCUGGCCCGAUAACUCCUUUCAGGGCAUGUAAGACUCAGAACUCUCCUGAGAAUGCAGCGAGAGAGAGGAGUCGUGUUCGGAACCUUAGACAAGCCUUCCACAGCCUGCAGGCUGCUUUACCCUCCGUCCCUCCAGACACAAAACUCUCCAAGCUGGACGUCCUGGUCCUGGCCACUAACUACAUCGCCCACCUGACCGAAACACUGGACCAGGGUGGGAUGUUGGGGGACCAAACCGUCCUGCAGAGAGCAGAGUACCUGCAUCCUGUGAAGAAAUGGCCCAUGCGUUCUCUUCUGUACUGUGGGAACCUUGGAGAGCGACUGACAGGAGCUCCGAUCAAUCAGGAGGCAUUGUGCCCAGCUGAAAGCAGAAUAAAGGACUGAGAAGAUAUUGAGAUACUAACCAAUUGUUAGAAAACACUGAUGCAUCUGAGUACUUUUUCUGUAAAUAUGAUCUAUUUUUUUGUUGUUGUCUUGACCACACAAAUACUCAAUAUUUUCAGAUAAUUUUCCUUUUGACUAAACACUAUAUAGCUGGGUUUUUAUAUUAUUCCACAUGUAUCCCGUAGUUGGCUGUGAGAGAAAAUAUUGUCUGUGGUAACAGACAUUAUGUCAAUAGAUAUUAACCUGUUUUAAUGAACCACAAAAUGCAUAUGUGGGUCAAAAUUACAUAAUAUCCACUAUAUAUAUAUAUAUAUAUAUAUAUAUAUAUAUAUAUAUAGGGCUUUCAGUUUAACAUGUUAACUUAAUAAGUUAUGAAGGAAAUGAUG